AUGAGUUUCUUCAAGGAAGUCACAGCAUCUCUCAAGUCUGAGGACAUCUCCAAAAUUGCUCGGCAUCCUCUGACGGGGAUAUCUGUCUUGAUCGUCGGAGCCGGUCCUGCCGGCUUGUACACCGCACUCGAAUGCUGGCGCAAGGGCCACAACCCCCGUGUCAUUGACCGGGCUCCAGCACCCAGCCCUGCAGGCGACUCUUUCAUGUUCGGCCCUUCUGCAGAGCAACACGUGGAGAAGACCUGGCCCGCGGUGUACGAUGCAGCCCUCAAGACAGCUCCUGACCCAUGGAUCUCGUUCCACAAGGUGACUGGCGAGAAGGUAACUGGCCCACAACCUUUCAGCUUUAAGAAAGAUGGGGUGGUAGCUGUCAAUGAAGAUGGCGAGCCGGGCCCUGACCGAGUGUAUCGCGUCUCGCGCCCAAGAUUCAGUGCUGCGCUGCUCGGGCAGGUCUUGGCCCUUGGCAUCGACGUCACGUACGGCCAAAAAGCAGUGGAGUACUUUGAAGACGAGACCAAAGCCGGCGUCACACUGGAGGACGGAUCCAAGGUCGACGCAGACGUCGUCGUCGCUGCGGACGGCCUUGGCACCAAGUCUCACAGGCUGAUCAACGGGCACGACAUCCGGGCCAUGAGCAGCAAGCACUCCAUUUUCCGGACCGCCUAUCACGUCGACCACAUCACUUCUGAUCCCGAACUCAAUGAGAUGUUCCCGUUGCGCGAGAAUGGAGGCGCGGUGCUGCAGAUCUGGACUGGGGAUGACAUCCAGGUCCUGGUGCUCCGCGCUCCGGACGUCGUUGAAUGGCACGUGGUGCACAAUGACAUCGACGGAACGUCACAGGAGUCAUGGGCAAACAAGGCCUCCCCCGAGUACGUGGUGAACUUUCUCAAAGACAACUUCCCCGACGUUCCCGAGUACCUCUGCUUCCUCAAUCAGACCAGUUUCCUGAAGCCCGCGUUGCGAAACAAGGCUGGCGGCGCCUCAGCUACUCCCAAGCCGGAAUAUGGGCGGUGGAUCUGGGCUCACAACCCCGAGAGAUACGCCUACGACAAUUACGGGAAGGCUCUGAGGAGUCUUGUUGACGGCACGCCGUUUCAGAAUACGAACAUCCCUCCGGGGUACAACUACAAGCCAUGGUCACUUCAUGAAUUGUAUGACCGGAUUGAUAGGGAGGAGAAGGUGGACUUUGAAGGAGACUGGUCAUAG